UAAAUUUCAAUAAUACUAGUGUAAAUAAGCAAGCGCCUAGCUUCUCAAGUUCCUAAACCAGUUAACACAAUGGGUGACAAUUUUCAAAAUAAAACAAUGGCUCCGGUUAUGAUGGACUAUGAUUUUAAAAUAAAGACUCAAAACGAGCGGUCGAAAGUCGAGGAUCUGUUUGACUUCGAAGGUUGCAAGGUUGGCAGAGGGACUUACGGGCACGUCUACAAGGCAAGGAGAAAAGACGGCUCGGAUACAAAGGACUACGCGUUGAAGCAAAUCGAAGGAACUGGAUUGUCGAUGUCGGCUUGUCGAGAGAUCGCGCUACUCCGGGAACUGAAGCAUUCAAACGUGAUAAACCUUAUAAGAGUUUUCUUGUCACAUACUGAUCGGAAGGUGUGGCUGCUCUUUGAUUAUGCGGAGCAUGAUCUGUGGCACAUCAUCAAGUUCCAUAGGGCUGCAAAGGCUAACAAAAAGUCUGUUAUGGUACCUAAGGGCAUGGUCAAGAGUUUGCUGUAUCAGAUUUUGGAUGGGAUACAUUAUUUACAUUCCAACUGGGUUUUACAUAGAGACUUGAAACCAGCAAACAUUCUAGUAAUGGGUGAAGGCCCUGAGCGGGGCAGGGUGAAGAUUGCUGACAUGGGCUUCGCCCGACUGUUCAAUGCACCAUUAAAGCCCCUUGCUGACUUGGAUCCAGUGGUGGUCACUUUCUGGUACAGGGCGCCAGAACUCUUGCUAGGGGCACGGCAUUAUACUAAAGCUAUUGAUAUUUGGGCCAUAGGUUGCAUAUUUGCUGAACUUCUCACGUCCGAGCCGAUUUUCCACUGUAGACAGGAAGACAUAAAGACCAGCAACCCGUACCAUCACGACCAGCUCGACAGAAUAUUCAAUGUCAUGGGAUUUCCGCUGGAGAAGGACUGGGAGGACAUAAGGAAGAUGCCGGAGCAUGCUACUCUAGUCAAAGAUUUUAAAAGAUCUAAUUAUCAAAACUGUUCACUAGGAAAAUAUAUGGAUAGACACAAGAUCAAGCCAGACAGCAAAGCAUUUAGUCUAUUGCAAAGGCUACUGUUGAUGGACCCAAAUAGGAGAAUCACAUCAGAAAUGGCAAUGCAAGAUCCGUACUUUUCCGAAGAUCCAUUGCCCACUCAGGAUGUAUUUUCUGGAUGCCCCAUUCCCUAUCCAAAGAGAGAGUUCUUGACUGAUGACGACCAGGAUGACAAGGGUGAUUCUAAAGCGAGACAAAACCAACAACAGCAGCAACAAAAUAAUAAUCAGCAGAAUCAGGUGCAAGCCAAUAACCAUGACCACGGAGCUAGCAACGCAAAAAGAAUGAGAAUGCCAGGUCCGAACCAAGGCAACAACACCGGCGGCGGCGCGCCGCAGGACUUCCACCAGCAGCAGAUGAUGUUCGGGCAGCAGCAGCAAGGCAACCAGCAACAGGGCAACUUCCAGCAACGCUUCUAGAAUGUUCCACCAGCGUUCUAUCACACGCUAAUCUGAAGGCUUGUGGUUAGGUUCACCUACAAUGU